UCUGCAGAGAAGUGCUUCUAAAAAUAGAAAUCUAAAAAUAAUAUUUCUGUGUUAAAAAUCGGACGCAUGCGCUUUGAUACAUCCGGAAGUACUGAUGAGAAAUCCUGUUACUCGGAUAGUAAAGUUGUGAAUUAUAUGAUUUUGAGAAGCUGCCAAUAAUACAGAAUGCAGACAAUCAAGUGUGUGGUGGUCGGUGAUGGAGCUGUGGGUAAAACCUGCCUGCUCAUCUCUUAUACAACAAACAAAUUCCCCUCAGAAUAUGUGCCUACAGUGUUUGACAACUAUGCUGUGACAGUGAUGAUUGGCGGAGAGCCGUACACACUCGGACUGUUCGACACAGCCGGACAGGAAGAUUACGACAGACUUCGGCCGCUCAGCUAUCCACAAACAGAUGUUUUCCUAGUCUGUUUCUCAGUCGUCUCCCCUUCAUCAUUUGAAAAUGUUAAAGAAAAGUGGGUCCCAGAGAUCACCCAUCACUGUCAAAAGACACCAUUCUUGCUAGUCGGAACACAGAUUGACUUGCGAGACGACGCAUCAACGAUAGAGAAGUUGGCAAAGAAUCGACAGAAGCCCGUCUCUGGAGACCAGGGAGAGAGGCUCGCACGAGAACUUCGGGCGGUGAAAUAUGUUGAGUGCUCUGCUCUAACACAGAAAGGUCUGAAGAAUGUCUUUGACGAGGCAAUCCUGGCUGCCUUGGAACCCCCGGAGAAAGAAAAGAAGAAAUUUUGUGCCAUGCUUUAAUUUGGGUGGGGAAUGCUGGCAAAUGAGUGGGGACAUUUUGUGCCAUGUUUCAAUUCGGGUAAACUUUGGUGGCAAAUGUUUUGGGAACAUUGACUGUAUAUGUUUGUUAAUUUUAAGGCAGGCUUUAUAUAUAUAAAUAUAUGUGUACUUCAAAGGCUUAGAGCUAAACAGAUGUAACUUUUCUUUUUAUAUGGAGUUCUGUCUGUAUUACACUCAGCCCAUGGCACAAAGUCUUAGAUUGAUGUAUUAAAAUUUAAAUUGGCAUGAAAUAUUUUUGUACUUUUAUAAGAAUGGAGAAAAUGUUACUUAAUUGCUUAAUCAAUAAAGUAGGUUUAUAUGUAUGAAUGACCUGAGAUUGAGUCAUUAAUAAUCAUUAUAACCACCUUUUUUUUAUAGAAUAAUUGUAUGGUCUAUCAAAUUCAACAUCUUAUUACUAAUGUAGUACAAUAGAUUUAUCAUAUUUUUACCAAUCAAAUAGAUAAAUCGUGAUAGAUAUUGUGAUAAAAUAAUGUAAAAGCCCUUUUUUGAGCUAUUCCUGUUAUAAAUAUGAGGCUUGAGAACGUUCGAGAAAUUUGGGCCUGAUGUUCAACAGGUGUAUGGUAGAUAGGGCUGUGUAUCGUCACUCAACUCACGAUACGAUACGUAUCAAGAUACGGAGUACGCGAUUCAUGAUAUAUCACGAUACGCUUAUAUAGAUUUUUUUUCAUGUUGGACUUUUGUUAAUGAAAUUUAAAAAAGAAAAUUAAAUUGAAUUUUUUUUAAUAAUUUGAUUUUCAUGUUUUAUUUUAGUUUGAAAAAUAAACACGGUGUUGAUAAGUAAGAUAACUAGUUGUAACGUAUUUUGCUAGCUCUACCUGCUGUUUGCGAAAAUGCGGCUGAAGUGGCUUUCGCUGUUUCGACAUUUAAAAAUAAUGAAAGUUAACAAAUUGACCGGACCGUGCAAAGAUGUUUGGAAAGUGUUUUAAGCAUACAUAUCUUAAGUCAAGGUAACGAAUCUAACGAUAGGCAAUACACACGAUUUUUUACAAUGCGAUACGAUACAGUAUAUCGUCGGGUAUUGAAUCGCGAUUUCACGAUGCACCGAUGAAUCACGAUUUCACGAUGCACCGAUGAAUCGUUACAGCCCUAAUGGUAGAUAUGUCAAUACAGUGCACAUAACCAUGCUUAAAAUAUACAAUAAGAUAUAAUCGAUCAGUUAAUGUUAUUAAUUUCUUAACAUGGAAUGUAACAAGCCAUGUCUUUUGCUCUGAAAUACUCUACUUUGGUUUGGUCAUGUUAAUAUGUCUUCUUUUCUUUCCGUUUAAUUCUGGAAGUAGAUGCUUGAAAUAUACUUAUUCUGUUUUCUAAAUUUAUUUGGCUCUGAAACCUGAAUUGAUCUAGAAAAAAAUGAUAAUAUUACUACACUUAUAAUGUCGGCGCUGUCUCAAUAAAGAAUUGUUGUUGUUACUUGAAUUUUUUUAAAUAUGUUGGAAAGUCCCAAUUGAAAACUUAAAAGUGCUUCCUUAACUGUCUUUUUAACUUAACUCUUGGCUUAAGUUCAGUUUUUAAAUAUAAACAGCAAAAUAAUAAACAUGUUCUGGUAAAUAGCUUCAGAUAAUUUUAAUUUAUUAUUGAAACAAAUAUUGAAUAGGGCCACUUGUGAACUUUACAAUACAACUGGAUUACCAUUCUUGGUACAAGCUCAUCUGGGCUUAAUUUGUCGAAAGUUCUUAAAUGUAACACUCUUAAGUAGCUUAUUUCAUUAUGCAAAAUUUCUUACUUAAUUUUGAGUUUACCGAAUAAUACAUUUACCGUAAUAAUCAUUAAGGAAAGUUUUUUUUGGCGUAAACAUUGCAUUAUUACCUUCAAAAGUAUACAUUACAUAAGGUAUACGCAAACAACUAACAAACAUCGUAAGCUUAACUUAAUCCUUUUUUAAGAAUUUCAGAUAUUUCACGAAAUUGGAGCCUGGUGUUGAUGCUUUUUUAAAAUGUAUGGAUAUUAAUUGAGGAAGGAUGGCUGGCAUCAGAAUGUUAUGUUCUGUUUCCAAUUAAAAACUUUAUCUUAUCUUACGGUAAAUUUUUAUUUUCAAAUUUGCUUGACUGUGAUGCUAGGAAUCACAUAUUUAGAAGCAUUGCUCCAUAACAAAAUACGGAGGGGUCGCAAGCAUACUUUUGUAAACACAUUUUUUAAAAACAAGUUGAUCAAUUACGUAUUCACAGGGGAAAAACGUUGAGUGAAGAAUCCGGAAUGCAGAGAAAAAUGAAUGUCUCUCGUAAUGUAUAAUAUCCUCCACUAUUCUUCAUGCAUGUUAUAUUAUUUUUCUGACUUACAGAAAGGACUUAAGAACGUGUUUGAUGAAGCUAUCCUAGCCGCGUUGGAACCGCCAGAGCCCCAGAAGAAGAAACGAUGCAGACUUCUAUAAUUAACUGCUUCUGCUAGACCAUCUACUGCAUAUAAUGUCUAUCCUUUUUCUUGGCUGCAUUUUCGUCUCGUUCUUGUCGUACUAACUUUCAAACUAAGUAACUUAUUUUGACAGUUUUGGAAGUCAGUGCAAAACUGGAUUAUUUGUUAUGGGACUUACGUUUGAGGUUAUUUAGUUUUUAUGUUGAGUCUUUGUGGUGUGUUACAUGUUGAUAUAUGUGACAACAUUUGAUGGAGAUAAAAAAAAAAAACAUUAUACUUAUAGAAACUUUUUUUUAUCAUUUCAAACUUACAAAUAUGUUCAUUUUCAUUGAUAUAACCCAGAAGCAUGGUUUGUAAGGACACUGGCUUGAGUAUUAUCUUUGAAGUUGUUGAUAGGGGAAUCACCAUUAAGGACUUCCGUAAGAAUGUUCUUCACUACUGGCUCUGCUUGAUUUCCACUCUUUAAUCAUUUUUGCCGGAUUCAUGAAUGAGAAUUUAUGUAAAAUAUACAUUAACCUUUUAUAAUUCAAAUCAUCAUCAUAUAAAACUCAAAAAUUCUAAAGAAUAAGACUUUAACGGAGUAUACAUAAAGCUAUCCAUCAUUGUACAUUUAAAUUAUAACUAUCUGGAAUUCGAAUUAUUCAAAGUAUUAUAAUCUAUUCAUUGAUCUCCAGAUAAGUAAAGCUAAUCUAACAUUAAAUAAUUAUGAUUAAUCGGAAGCUCUGAAGUACUUUGUAAGCAGCUGAUUGUAUAAUGUUCAUGUUACAUUUGUAAUUGUUUUUUAUUGUUCAAUAAUAAUUUUCCGCUUUCAUCAGUAUUGUUUAUGUUGCCAUCAAUAAAAAUUGGAUUACAUUUAUAAGUGACUUAAGAGUCGGACAAUUAUUAUCAUUUUCAAGGACCUUAUAAAAAAAAUUAUAAUUGUAUGUUCUCGCAACCUGAACCACUACAAUGUAUGGCUUAUGUUAGUCCUAUAAAUAAAUAUUUUUCACAGUCUCUUGUGGAUUAUAUUGUUAUUUUAAUUGCCUUAAUUAAAUCCUGCCUUACACAUUCUUAAACAGAAUUUGAUCUGCUUUUUCACAUGAGAUUAUAAUCGAAUAUAUUUAAAAUUGUAAAUGGAACUGAUUAAAAGAACAUAAUACAGAUUAAAAAGACUUGAGAUAAAGGCUUAGAGUUUGGCCUUAAAAUAGUAAUCUAAAUAUGUACAUGAUAUUAUAGUCAAGAAAGUACUUAACAUUGUAAUAAAAUUAGGCUAUUAAAGCUACAUUUACUUUAAUGUUCGUUUCUUUAUUAAAACACUAUGUAAGAAUAAAGUACAAUUUUCCUUUUAUGUUUUUAAGUAAGAAAUACCUAUAACAAUGAAUAAUCGUUCAUAGAAAUUGCAUGAAAAUGACUGAAUCAUCUAAAUUUUAAAAAAUCAUUGGGUUUGUGUUUGUAUACUGUUUCCGUACUGCAUUUUUAGCUCGUCUGUUUUUCGAAGAAAAAAAGUCGAGUUAUUGUGAUAGCCUUGGCGUCGUCGGCGUCGUCUGCGUCUGCGUCUGCGUCGUCGUCGUCGUCCAAAAACUUUAACCUUACCUCAUAACUCAAAAACCGUUCAACAUUUUCACAUUAAACUUGCUACACGUGUUCCUAUUAACACUAUGCAUGUUUAUAGCAGGUCAUAUAAUUUUGCCUUUAAUUAAUAUUGAGUUAUCCCCCCUUUUCGACUUGGAAUUUCAUCAGACGAGCGUUGGCACCCACUCCGCGGUGCUCUUGUUUAUUAUUUCUGACCCUGGUGUAGUCAGUGUAUAAUUACAUGUUUAUGUUUUUUUUGUUACCAUAGUGAUUAAAUAUUAAAUCAUGCAGAUUAUUUGUAUGAAUGUAAAUUUAUUGUAUAAAUGUCUUAGCACGCUGUAUAUAAGUAUUAUUUUAUUAGAACAUUUUCUUUAAGCAUUAAUAUUAUAUAUGAUGUGUGCUUCCUCAUAAAUUUGUAUUUGGUUGUAUGAGUUGUGCUUCCUCAUACAGGUGUACAUGGGCUGUAUAAGUUGUGCUUCCUCAUACAUUUGUAUGUGUGUUGUAUGAGUUGUGCUUCCUCAUACAUUUGUAUGUGUGUUGUAUGAUUUGUGCUUCCUCAUACAUUUGUAUUUGGUUGUAUGAGUUGUGCCUCCUCAUACAUUUGUAUUUGGUUGUAUGAUUUGUGCUUCCUCAUACAUUUGUAUGUUGUGUUGUAUGAUUUGUGCUUCCUCAUACAUUUGUAUUUGGUUGUACAAUUGGUGCUUCUUCAUACAUUUGUAUGUGUGUUGUAUGAGUUUUGCUUCCUCAUACAUUUGCAUGUAAAUUGUAUGAGUUGUGCUUUCUCAUACAUUUGUAUGUGUUGUACGAUUUCUGCUUCCUCAUACAUUUGUCUGAGUGUUGUAUGGGUUUUGCUUCCUCAUACAUUUGUAUGUGAGUUUGAUCUGAAUCACUCUAAAAGGUAACAUUUGAAUUGUUCAGUUUAUUCAUGGAAUAUAAACGCCAUGUUAUUAAAUGUACAUGUCAAUGUGUAUUUGAUAUUAUUCAUUCAUCAUUUUAACAAAUUAUAUCAUUGAAAUAAAUGUUGCCUAGGCAAGCUAAGUGCAUAAAAUUUGCAAAAGAAUUUCUGUAUUAGUUCCUAACAUUAAAUCAUCUUUUUGAUAUAUAUAGAAUGUUACAUGAAUCAGUCGGUCAUACAAUAUGGAAUUUAUUAAGAAUUUUUCGAAAGCAAGACUAAGUGUAAUUAAUUUCUUACUGAAUGACAAUAAAUGUGAUAAUCUGUUUAGAUCUGUUUAUAUCAAAUGUCGCUUUAUCGCGCAAUUUUUUCACAGCUAUUCAGUUAUGACAUACAUAUAUCAUCAAAAGUUAUUACACUAGCUAUGUAUUACAUAUAUAUGAAAAUGAUAUUUCAUGAUUGGGACAUCAUUUGUGUUUCAAAAAACAUGUAUUUGCGGUGAAUUUAAAGAUUUAAUUAAAUUGUAGCUUGUAACCCAUGUUGAAGUUCAAAUGAUUUUUUUUUCAAUAUAUUUCAAUAAGAUGAUACUGUUACCAAAUAUUGGUUUAACUAAGAUCCUCAAUGUUCAACAAGAAAUUACAGUUUUUCGAGUAUUUAUUUACUUUUUUCGUUCUUUGUCUGAGGAUGUUUAGUUGACACUCGAUAUUUGUUGAAUGUUUGUAAUUACAUUAAGCCAGACAGACACCUGAUACAUGGGUUAUAUAAGUUCAAUGUAAACACCGCUUGAAGUUGAAUGCAAAUUAACAUUAAGCUUUGCUUCAAUUCAUUCACAUCAUUUUUUUGUACUGUUAAUGUUUUGUCAAAAUAUUUUUGACAUUGGCCUGCAAAAAGAUUGCUUAGCAAAAAAAGUUACAAAAAUAUUCACAGAUUGUACUAGCUUGUUUUCAUCAUUUAUUAGUUUGAUGUGUAUGUGUUAAAAAUUGUUAUCACUUGAGUGAUAUGUAUAAUGUACAUCAUUUAAUAUAUAGAGUAGAAUAUUCAUCUCCCUUUUAAGAAUGUCAUCGUAAUCAGCCAAUAAUUCAUGAAUUUAAAAAAAACCCAGAGCUUGUUAAAUUUUGUUCUCAAUUUUUUUUUGGGUUAGGCAAAAAUGAACUUGUGUUAUUUAUACAUAUAUUCUCAAGAAAGUUUCCAUGUUUAUUAUUGUCUGCCUGAGGAAUUCAUGUUGAUUUGAUUUUCACAAAAUUCUUCAAGCGUGAUGGAUAAUUAGAGAUUGUGUUUCUUGAACAAAUUUCUCAAUUUUCAUAAAGCCCAACAGUUAAAUGGUAUUUUUUUUAUAAAACGUUUCUUUAACAAAUAACACGUAUAAAUGUACCAAUUUUAGGCAAAUAAAUUUUAAUAUUUAUGGUUUUCAUGAUCGUUUGCCAGAACUAAUGAUAACCGUUUGAAAUAUGAUGUACUUAGAGAGUGACUAUAUAUUUAAUCCCAAGGAUACUUUGUACAUACAAAUCCCCUUUUCAUAUUGCUUAUGAUUAUUCUGUACAUUUUCUUAUCUGAAUAAAAACAGUAUACCUGA